CUCUGAUCUCUGUCCCCAUCGCGCGGUCGCGCCGCUCAAACCCUCCGGAAUCCUCAUCGCCACUCCCCUGUGGCCCUGUCCCCCACUCUAACCUGGCGCCAAGCGAGCCUUUCAAACUCCCCGUCGCCUUCCAGAACCUUCGAGAAGCGUCCCCCUCCGUCGCGCCAUGGGCUGCGGGCGGAAGCGGCCGCGGGGGGGCGGGGAGCUGGGGCGGGUGGCGGAGAUCGUGAUGGUGCUGGCGGUGGCCGGGGAGGUGCGGGGCGGCAGGGCGCCCACGGCGGCGGAGCGGGCGCUCGUGGCGGAGGCGCGGGGGCGGCUCGCAGCGUCGGUGGCGGCCGUGGAGGUACGGCCCAAGGAGCUGUACCCGAGGGAGGCCGUGCGCACGCUCGUGGAGGACCUCGGGCUCGGCCGCGCCAGGGAUCCCGCCGCCAUGGACUACCGCCCCCGCAGGGCCUCGAUCGCCGAGAGGAUCCUUCUCACCAAGCGCAAGAUGGAACAAGUCAAGGAAUCUCUAGUACGUCCAACCACGAAUGUUCCUCAGACAACACCCUCAAGUGCAACCGCUAUAUUCCAGGAUGGAGCUUCCAAGUCCGCCGCUGGAUGGAACCUGUCAGCUGCUGGGUCAUUCCCUGCCUCAACCCCAACCCCAGUAACCAUGUCUUCUUCUAUCUUGAAGCAGUCCCGACCAAAUGAAACACCAGCGGGAGUAUCUUCUUCCAAAUCAGCAACUAUUGGCCAGACAAAUAAAUCAGCUCAUCUUACUGCUACUAGGUCCAGCCAAAGCACAGUUCAGAGUUCUAGUGCAGGGAAAUCUCAUGAAAAGAAGGCACCUUCUGCUCAACCUGUCAACAGGAACAUUGUUAUUGGAGAUCAUGUUCCUCCGGGAGCAGCAGCAUUUAUUCAACAGGAACCCUGCUUCUCCAAGCACAACGCGAUAGCAAAAAAUGUUCAACUGGUUCUGCACCAACCUGCCAACCAUCCUAGCUGGACGGUACCAUCAACUGAGUAUAUGCAUGCUCGGGUGGACUGUCAAAUAUGUAAAACAUUUAUCACUGAUGUGGAGAGUUUACUUGUUUGUGAUGCUUGCGAGAGGGGUGUACACUUAAAAUGCCUUCAGCAGGAUGGGAACGAAGGCCUGUCAAUUGCAGAUUGGUAUUGUCCAACCUGUGUAGCGUAUAGUAAGGGCAAACCUCUGCCUCCAAAAUAUGGCAAGGUUACAAGAACAAUUGUUGCAUCAAAGGCUAGAGGUGUAACUUUGCAGAGAGCAUCAGAAAACCCACGCACAAAAGAUGAGAGUGAAAAAGUGGCAGGAAACGGAAGUUUCAUCAAGCAGAACUCCAGUGAACCUGGUAGGUCUGUACGUAACAGUGACAUGUUGGCCUUAGACACUGUUAGUUCAAAAGCACAAUUGGGCUCUGCUUCUGAAUUUCAAAAGGAAAACACUAAACAUACUGACACUCUGUCUAAACAAAAGGAAGGACAUGGCCCACCUUCAAGAAGCUUAGUUACAAAGACCAUGGAAUCCUCCAGUCAAAUUGAAAGUAGUGGAGGAUCAACAUAUAGUGCUGCUGGAAAUCUGUCGGAGCAGUCUCAUAAGCAAAGAGAGACAAUUGAGUUACUUCCAUGUGCUGUGAAUUCAGUAAAUGAUUCCACACUGCAGGCUACUGCAAUUUCUGACGGGGGAAAUUCCGACCAUUCCUUCAUUGACUCAUCUGAAAUGUGUGGAAUAGAAGGAAACUCUGACCAACUUCUGAACAAGGACGAACAAAGAACCAGCAGCGGUAGAACACCAGCAGAUCAAAAACAUCAAGAAGAUGUAGCCGCUGAUAUUGGAAUAGGGUGUCCUCAGGAUGAUGAAACAACAGAAGUUAAUGCCAUGUCAGAACAUAACAAUGUGUAUCUGGUGACAUCAAACAUGGACUUAUGUGCUAAGCAUGAAGUUAUGGCAGGUCCAAAGAGUGAAGCUGUAGGUUACAGCUCAGAUCUUGGUGAUGUGGAUUGGGUUGGCGAUGCCCUGAAAGUUGUGGGCAACAUAACUUAUUAUAACUCCUGUAUUGUUGAUGGUAUAACAUACAAUCUCCAAGAUCAUAUUUUGAUUGGUUCCAAAGAUGGCAAGUCUGCUCCAUCCAAGCUGCAGUUACUGUGGGAAGAGCAUGACUCCCAAUCUAAGCUGGCUAUGGUUAAUACGUAUUUCUUUGCUUCGGACAUUCCAGAAUCGGCUACCAAACCGUCUUCUCCUGAAGAGAAUGAGGUAUAUGCUUCAAAUAAUCAAAAAACAGUAAUGGUUUCUUCAAUUUGUGGCCCAUGUGAUGUGUUGCAUGUUGACAAGUUUAGAGAAGAGACUAAUAGAAGAAAUUAGGUGGUCAGUUCAGAUAGUAAGCUACAUCCAAUUUUCUUUGGCAGGUGGAAGUAUGAUGAAUCCACAGGCAGUUUUGUUAGUGUUGAUAGUUCGAUGGGUUUCUGACAUUCUUUUGAAUCACAGUUCACAACUGUACAUUGCCGGUCGUCUCUCGUUCCAGCCAUUUUGCUGGAUGUAUAUGUGAAGGAUGAAGCUGAAGUGAGGUUUACAUGCAUGUUACUGUAUUAUAGAAUGAUGUGUACUGGUUCAGAUCUUGCUGUGGGUUUGCCUCCUUGCUUCCUAUCAAAUUGAGCUAUUUUCUGUGUUGUUGCAAAAUUUAGACCCUUGAUUUACUUGGUACCCUUAAAAAUCAUAUCACCUUCUGCAUUAGAUGUCGAUGGAUGCUUGAUGAGCCACC